AUGGCGGAGGACGUCCGAGAAGCUGACUUGCGGUCUUUGAGUGAUCAGGUGCCUGAAGCUGCGGAUGGCCUGGAGGAAAUUAGUCUGCCACCAUGGUUUGCAGAGCAAUUAGGCCCACCGUCCGCACCCGAUCAGGACAAGCACGGCAGCCAUCGCGUGGAAAUUUCCCCGUCCUUCCAACUGCACAUUUCACUUGCCGAGGAUGAUGGUGCGAAUGGGAGCCUGUUUGCGUUUUCCAUUUGGAAUGGUAGCCUUUUGUUGGCUCGUUACCUCGACAACCAUCCUUCGUUUGUCCGGGACAAGCGCGUCAUCGAAUUUGGAGCUGCGGGGGCAUUACCCUCGAUGGUGGCUUUGAGGCACGGCGGCGCCUACGUGAUGAUUACCGACUAUCCGGACGCUCGAUUACUGCAAGCCAUCGAGAGGACGUUGCAGGAUCGUCGCAAUGCCGCGUGGUUGGGAGCAGGGAAAACCGCAGGGCGGGUGGGCAUCAUGGGACAUGUGUGGGGGAAGGACACGGCAGGGUUGUUGGGAGAGGAGAGCACCAGGAACGGACAAGUGCGUGCAUGCUUGAGACAGACGGGCGACGACUUGGGCAAGGUGCGCACAGAGGGGAGGAGCAGUGGGCUGUACGACCUGGCAUUGGUGGGCGAAUGUCUUUGGCUGCACCGGGAGCAUGGAAACCUUCUGCAGUCCCUGCAUUCCACGCUUUGCCCCGGUGGCACCGCUCUGAUCUCCUUCGCGCACCAUGUGCCAGGAUGCGAGGACAAGGACAUGAGAUUUUUCAUGUUGGCGGCCCAAGCCAGACAGUACGGCAAUGAACAGCCCGUGUGGUUCGAAGUCCAGAAGUUGUUGGAGAAGAACAUGGUAUGCCUGCACCGGGAAGGGAAGGUGUCCAAGCAGUUCCUCUACUCGUUGACUAAGAGAUCAGGGGGUUGA